GGUGCCCCCGUAAGAACCUGCAGGGAGGCUGUAAGGGAAUUACCUCACUGUUCAAGGCCUCGAGAAAAACAGAAACAGGCAGGUGUGAGUAGCCAGUCCUAUCCGAAGCGAAAAUACCACAUUUCCUAAUGUGUACCAUCAUCAGGGGACACGUCUGAUCUCCGUUACCGACCCAAGGCAAUGGGAACAUACACAGAUAAGAGGAACCAAUACUUCCUUGAUGGCGGUCCGGAAGUUUCAAAGGUGCGUCACAACAUUCAGGACAUGGAGCUGAGAGAGGAAUGGCAGGAUGAAGACCUCCCCAGGCCACUUCCAGAGGAUGUACAGAGCCCAGGAGGUGGGCCGCUGGAUCAUUCAGGAGCAGGGGAGAGGCCAGCCAAGCCUACAAGCUUGGCUCUGUCAGGGGGGGGUCACCCGAGGAAGAGGCGGCUGGUGGCUCCCACCCUCAGCCUCACGCUGGACCACAGUGACUCCAUCAUGUCCGACGAGUUCGCCUCGGCCGCCCUCUCGCCCACCCCGGAGGACGACGACGACGAUGACGGCGAGCUGGACUUCAACCUGGAUGCCAUGGAUACUCCGUCCGACAGCGAGUCCAGCAACUUUCAAGGGAGCGUGGCAGAGCUGGAGUGGGAGGAUGACCUGCCACGGAGAGCGCGGGUGCGGGGCGGGGUGCUGCGCUCCUCCGUGGGGGAGCAGGCGGAGAUGGGCCUCCCGGAGCUGGACCAGGUGGACAGCCAGGGCUGCAGGUGGCGCCACUUCCGCAUAGGCAGCCAGGAGUGCAGAGUCAACAUGUCUGUGCUGGAGCCCUACUUGCAGGUGCUGUCUCAUGGCGGUUACUGUGGUGACGGAAUGAAUGCUAUCAUCGUCUUCUCCACCUGCUAUCUCCCGGAAAACACGACCAAGGACUACCAGUACGUCAUGGACAACCUUUUCAGGUACAUCGUGGGCACGCUGGACCUGAUGGUCUCGGAGAAUUAUGUCAUGGUGUACCUGUGUGGAAUGGCCUCGCGUAACAAGAUGCCCAACGUCAAGUGGCUUCGUCGGUGCUACACCACCAUCGACAGGAGGCUAAGGAAGAACCUGAAAAGUGUCUUGGUGGUUCACCCCCUUUGGUACAUCAAGGCUCUGAUCACCAUCAUUAAACCUUUUGUCAGUGUGAAGUUUAACCGGAAGAUCCGGCUGGUGCACAGUCUGAAGGAGCUGUCCCAGAUUCUCCCGAUGGCACAAGUGCAGAUCCCAGACUGCGUCCGCAGGUUUGAUGAAACGAUGAACAAGUGAAACGCGUGAUCUUGCAAAGCAAAGCUGGAAUACGGCAGACCUCCCAAGGUGCUGACCUAAAAACCACCCCGCAGCUUGAAGCUGAAGUUCAGCAAGUCGCAUCUCGAUCGGCCGCUCUAACCUCCCCCCCCCUGCCUCCCCGAGUUCAUCCUGAAUCAUCCAUGUGGUUUGGGAACUGUUUGAUGCCAGACUGGUUCCUUCACAGAGCUGUGAUGGUUUCUGAAAUGGGAUCCUAUCACUAUGGCAACUGUCGGUCUGCAUCCUCCCAAGAUGUGUGUCAACCCAAGGAGUGUUUCAUAACUUGUUUUUUUUUUCUUUCCCUUAUUUUAAAAAUAGACUUGACCUCUCCUGUGUGUGUGUGUGUGUGUUGGGUUUUUUUUUUUUUUUUUUUUACUUGUGGGCUAUGAGUGUUGCCUGUCCGAUGGAGUAAGCAGAGUCUCUAAAAAAAUGGUGCAUUUUGUUGCCAGCUGUGUACGUUCAAAGUGGCAGCUUAGUGUGAUUUUUAUGCCAGGCCCCGAGUCGUCUUGUAUAUGUGUGUGUGAUGAGUUUUUACUUGUAUUAAGUAUUUCGUAUUCAAAUAUUUAUUGUUCCUGUAUGUUGAAACGCAGAAUUGCCUCAGUUAAGGGCAUUUGCUGUAUUACUUGCAAUAAAGUGUCAUUUCUUAA